CCUUUGCAUUAUUACAAAUGAUGUGAUGAUACAUUAGCAGGAGACUUUACAAGUCAAAUUACAAAUUAUGAUUCAUCAUGAAGGUUAUGGUUUAGCUCACACUCCCACACACACCUGAUUUUGAAAUUUGAGUCAUCAUUGAAGCCCAUGAUGCCUUCAUAAAUCUGUGAAAUGCCUCCUUUAUGCUGCAUAUCAAAAGUGAGCAAAGCGUCCCACGGCUGGCGAGGUGGAACAGGAAACACCUCAGACUAUUGUGGAAACACUUCAGUAAAUCUCCACAAUUUCUUAGAAAAGCACAAAUUUUGUGUCAAAACAUCCAACACAUCCAUCAUGUGGCAUGAUUCUGUUUGAUCCAGUUAAACACUUCUGUAGCAUUCACACAAUGCUACAAAAGCAUUGUGUACGAAAAACAAUGACCCGCAUUACAUGACAUUGAAUGCUCCGAACAGUGGAUUUAUUUAUUUCUCUUCAUGUCACAGUUUUUUGUAAGUACAUGAUAUGUAUCUUUGCACCUAUAGCUGGGCCCGACUGUCUAAGCAAGUUCCUUCUGACAGCAGCAAACCGGUCAGCAUGUCGGUACAUCGUUAUGGUGUAUAAUCUUAGCUAGUUGAGGGUGUUUGUACAAAGUUUUAGAAAAGUGGCAAAUGAAGCCUUGAGGAAUUUUGUCUUUCCUCGGAUUUGUGAGUUUAGUAUCUAGCUAUAAAACAUUAAAAAAACAUGGUGAAAUGUUUUUUUCUUACAUUUAAUACUGAUAAUAUUAAGCUAACAGUUCGUGUAAGUCUAUAUAAGUAUGUGGGGUUUCCUGUCUAAUAACAUGGAUCUACUGUAAUACAUUGAGAAGUUACAGAAACUUUAAAAGACUUUGACAACAUGUACCGCCUCAAGACAACAACUUCAGCUGAAACCAUCUCCAAUCCUUACUCUGAGAUCCGCAUUACUCCACUCUCCAUGUUCCAGCAGCAGGACAGACUCUGGUAGUUUAUUUUCACUUGCAUCUUUAUUGUUGUCCAACUUGUUAACCAGGCCCUGCACUUGAUACAGACACUCUCCUGUGGACAUGUUCCUGGGGAGUUUGUGCGACAAAUUCUGCCCCGUUUUGAGAAAUAACAAAUGUUAUCAGAUUUCAUUUUGAUUGUCCUAAAGCAUACAGAAAGCAGGCCUCCAACUAAGCGAGCGGGAUGCCACAGAAGGUCUCCAUGUGUCGAGUGUCGGAUGAGGUGCGGAGAUGAGACAGCUGCCGUUGAGCCUCUGCGUCCUUGGCUAUAAGUGGCUCUGGGGAUGCCAACAGCUCCAAAAGAUCUAGGUCCAGAAGAGAAAAACCAGCCGCCAGUGGCCGGGGACUGGGUUCCCGUCCAGGGUCACGUGGUGGUGGAGCAUCCUGCACCGCAGGUUUUACCUGACCCCAAAGGGCAGCAGGAGAAAACGGCUCCGGCAGAACAGAAAGAGAAAGAGGCUCAACCUGACACCAAACCAGAUGAGGUUCAGGUGGAGGAAGAGUCGGAACCAGAACAAAAACCAGCACCAGAGGGAGAGGCAGAGCCUGUAGAGGAGUUCGACUUUCAGGUGGCGUCUGAAGUUAAUGUUGAAGUUGAAGGACAACCUCAGUAUGACCUGGAGGAAGAGGAAGAAGAAGAAAUAGACCCUGGUUUUAAGGUGCAAUCGGCUCCUAGGGUAGACGCUGAAGUUCACAUGAAGCUAGAACCAGAAGAGACACCUGAGUUAAACAAAUCUCCAGAGACAUUUCAGGCACAAGCGGAGCUCGAUAGAGGAAUAGGUCCAGAGAUGGAAGUUGAAGAGAGGCAUAUGGACAUGGCGGUGAAACCCCUGGCUGAGAUGGAGUUAGAACCGCUGGACGAUCCCAACAUGCCUGCAGAGGAAGUGAGCGAGAUGUCAGAAGAAGAAAUGGCUUACAGAGAGGCUUUUCAGGAACAGGAUCCUGCUGCUGCGGAGCUCUUUCCAGAGGAGGAGGAGGUAGAAGAGGAGGACAAGGUGGACGGAGAGGAAGAUUUGAAGCAGAAAUACGCAAAUAACGUUCCAGAUGAACAAGAAACCUUAGAGAUGGAGUUAAUAGGAGAGCAAAAUCCAGAAGACACACCAGAUGCUGCGGUUCUGGUUGAGGAACCACUGGACCCAGCGCAACAGCAGAUGAUGCCUCUGUCAGAAAACUAUUUCCCAGAGGAAGAGGCAGGAAUGGAGAUGUAUGCAAGGGAUGGAGCACCAGAGCAAUUCCCAGAGGAGCAAGGAAUGGAAGAUGAAGGUCUUCCAAUGAUGAUGGAAGAUGAUACACAAAGGCAAGGGGAGCGCUAUUGUCCUGGUAUAAUUGUUGGUGGGAAGUGUUACCAGUUCUUCAAAGAGCCACUCAAUUACGAAGAUGCCGAGUUCUUUUGCCAAGAACAAUUUUCAGGAGGCCACUUGGGCUCCAUCACGACCCAACACGUCCACCAACAGCUGAUGAGUCUUAUACAGCAGAGCGGAGGAUACACACGUACCUGGGUUGGAGGACGACGACUAGAUAGACGCUUCGUCUGGUUGGACGGAUCCCGCUGGAGCUACGAAGACUGGCUCCCAGGCGAGCCAAAUCACACAGCUGGAGUGGAGAACUGCGUGGAAAUUCUGGGAAGUGGAAAGUUUAAUGACUUCACAUGUUGGGAACCUCAGGCUUUCGUCUGCUCCUACCCUGCUUAGCAAAUUCAGAGGAAGAACAACAAGCUACUUUUUUUUUUACCUGAAUGUAUGCUUAAUUCAGAGUUUUAUCCGUUGCUUUGUGUCUGUAUUAAUUAAUUAGGAAGAAACUUUUUGGACUAAAUAAUUUGUCUAAAAAGAAAAAUAUAUAAGUCAAUAUUUCAGUCAAAACCAUGUGGUUUUCAGCUUCUGUCAAUCAGGAUUAGUUUUGUAAAUUGAUGAACGAUGUUGGGUUUGUUUUUAGAAAAUGGAUGAAGUUCACUUGUAACAUUUUCAUGUCACAUGCUCCAAUCAUAUUACAGCAACGUUUGAUUUAAUGGUAUCAGCUGGUUGGGGUAAAAUUCAAACCUUAAACUUGAGUUACUUCUCGAUGUAUUUGAUUUGAAGAAAAGAAACCUUUUGAUAAAGAAAAACUUCUUAACAGUGAUAAUAUUGUUGUGAAUACCAGCAUGAGGUAACAUGUAAUUACACUGUUAUUGCAUGUUUAUAAGUACACGUCUAGACCAUUGUAUGUUCAAGCUCUAAAUACGCUUAAAAAAAACUAUAAUAUUUGCUGUCAGAAUAACACGAGAUACAAUAAUAAACUAUUAACAAGG